CCCCUUUCUUUAUUUUUUCAUCCCCCCCCCUUCCCAAAUUUCUUCCCGCGCUGUGGGAGCGGAGAAAGAAAGCAGCUUUUAAAAAUAAUAACAAUAUAUAUAUAUAUAUAUUUCAAUCUUCUUUUACGUUUCUCCGCCCCCCUCCCUCCAUUUUUUAUUUUCUUCUGUUUACAACUGUCCGCAAUUUAGGUUUUGGGUGUUGUCGUGAGACCUUCCCCCUUUUGCUUCUUACUCAUCUUUAUUGGGACACCACUACCUUUUUCCCCUUUUUUUCUUUUUUCUUUUUCUUUUUCAAAACUGAAGCGAGAAAGCAGGUAAUUGCUGCCAUGGAAACACAACUGUCUAAUGGGCCAACUUGCAAUAACACAGCCAAUGGUCCGACUACCAUAAACAACAACUGCUCAUCACCAGUUGACUCUGGAAAUACAGAGGACAGCAAAACCAAUUUAAUAGUCAACUAUCUUCCUCAGAAUAUGACACAGGAGGAGCUCAAAAGUCUGUUCGGGAGCAUUGGCGAGAUAGAAUCCUGCAAACUUGUAAGAGACAAAAUAACAGGACAAAGCUUGGGGUAUGGAUUUGUGAACUACAUUGACCCUAAGGAUGCUGAAAAGGCGAUCAAUACUCUGAAUGGAUUGAGACUUCAAACCAAAACAAUAAAAGUUUCCUAUGCGCGACCAAGUUCAGCUUCCAUUAGAGAUGCAAAUCUGUAUGUCAGUGGUCUCCCAAAAACUAUGACCCAGAAAGAAUUGGAGCAGCUAUUCUCCCAGUAUGGACGUAUCAUUACUUCUCGUAUUCUAGUGGACCAAGUCACUGGAGUUUCAAGGGGUGUGGGCUUCAUCCGGUUUGACAAGCGGAUUGAGGCAGAAGAAGCCAUCAAAGGCUUGAACGGACAGAAACCGCCGAGUGCCACAGAGCCAAUCACUGUAAAGUUCGCCAACAAUCCAAGCCAAAAAACAAACCAGGCCAUCCUUUCCCAGCUGUACCAGUCUCCAAACAGAAGGUACCCAGGACCUCUAGCUCAGCAGGCUCAACGUUUUAGGUUGGACAAUCUGCUCAAUAUGGCUUAUGGAGUAAAGAGUAGGUUUUCUCCAAUGACCAUUGAUGGAAUGACCAGUUUGGCUGGGAUCAAUAUCCCGGGACAUGCGGGGACCGGAUGGUGCAUUUUUGUUUACAAUUUAGCUCCCGAUGCAGACGAGAGCAUCCUGUGGCAAAUGUUCGGACCCUUCGGGGCCGUCACCAAUGUGAAGGUCAUCCGCGACUUCAACACAAACAAGUGCAAAGGCUUUGGAUUUGUGACUAUGACAAACUAUGACGAGGCGGCCAUGGCUAUUGCCAGCCUGAACGGAUACCGCCUUGGAGACAGAGUUUUGCAGGUCUCGUUUAAAACAAACAAAACGCACAAAGCCUAAUGAGGUGCCCUCGGCCCAGUUUAUAUUUGAAAACUUAUUCGACAAAGGCAAGUUAAAAGAAACUUUAUACAUUAGUAAAUGUCUUUGUAAGUCAGUGUUGAGAUGGGGGGGCGGGGGACAAAAGACUAGCAUCCUAAGAAAUAUGCGAGAUUUUUUAUUGCUAGUAUUUGAAUUAAAAAAAAAACUUCUUAAAUAUCUUAUGUUUGAAUAUGGACAAGAGGUACAGGGUUUUUACCUGUCACAAUGCAUUCUAUUGCCUUCUUUGAAGAAGGCGGAACCUUUUAAAAUGUUUGAGCUUAAGGGAAGACGAUUUCUUUUACACGACUGCCUUGAACCUGUGAGUAGUUAAUUGAGGCUUUGUGUUAACGAUCCUUGAGUUAGUUUAGUCUUACGUUGUGUUUGAUUUACACUUUAAUGCCUUGCAGUUUAGUCUGUUCAAGAAAAGUGUUUCGAAGUUUACAUUUUUAUUUAUAAAGUUUGAAAGUAUUUAUUUUGUAAUUAUUAUUUGGGUCUGGGGGAAGGGGGGGUGGUGCAUUAUAAAAGCUUAUUGUAAGAUUAAUGGAGAACUUUUCGUAAAGCAGUACCUUGCCAAAGAGAUAAGAGCCUCUUUGAUGUGGGUUUAAAAAAACAAAACAAAGCAUCUAUUUUUAUAAAAAAGAGAAAAUUUGGAGAAACUUUUUACAGGUCCUGGAACAAAUAUUUUGACUUGAAUACUUUGAGAAAUCUCUUCAUAUGACACCUAGUGAGCUUUUAAAACUUACCAGGAAAUUUGCAGUGGUUGGGGGAAAAAAACACUUUAGAGAGAUUUAUGAUGUAGAAAUUCUUUAGAGAUCUUUGUUACUCAAGAAGUUGGAAUCACUGAGAAAUGCACUGCUGGUUUUGAUUUUGUAAUCGUUGGUGCAGUCUCUGAACAUCCUGGUUACUAUGUGAUAGGUGGCUCACAUUAACUUGUGUGGUUUUGAAACAAAAGGAGAAAAAAAAAUUAAAAGUAUAUAAGAGCAGGCAAGAAAUUUAAAUUAACUGAGAUAGGGGAAAAAAUCUGUUCUUCCUAUAGAAUUCCCUUCAGAUAGAGCUCAUGGUGUUUAGUGAUGUACUUCCAGUAUUGUUUGAAGAAUUGUUUUGUCUUAAAAAAUAAAAAAAAAGAUGUUUGCACACGGUUUGCACCAAUGGCAGACCAGGAAAGAAGCAGUCUUGCGUUGGAUAUAUUUGAAGGUAUUUUGAAAGUUACGUUCAAGGCUAACACCUGAGCUUUGUGUAAUGUAAAUAAUAUCUUUUUUGUUUUAUGAACCUCUUUUCAGCUGAUAACUUUUGAGUUUCCUUCUGGUUUUUUCGUUUUCCCUUAUUUAACAUGCCAAGUGAUGUUCAAAAUUCUGAAUGUUUUUGUAUGUUUCCUUUUCCUUUGUAUAAAUGGCAUUAAGAUUGUUACUUGAGGUCUGCUUAAUUCAUUUCUGUUGUCCUGAGGACUUGAAUUUACAGUGUAUCAGAUACGUUGCAAAUUUUGUCUGUAGAUAGUCUAGCUUCAGCUGUUUAUGGUGAUGCUACAUUUUUGUUUAUAAAUAUGUUUGUGGUAAAAAAAAUGAGUAUAACCAUAGGUUUUGAACAAAUUCCUUACAUUUUUCAUACCAGAAUCAUAAAUACCUGUAUGCUAUUGAAAUUUAACUUUGUAUGACGCUUAAAAACACUUAUUUGGGGAAAAUAAUAAAGACUUUACCAUGUAUGGAAGAAAUUUAAGGUCAAAAAAAGUACAAAUAUUUUCUGAUUAGCAUCUAGCUUAUAAUAAAUUUUUAAAAAGCUGAAGGCCGGCAGAGCCUUUUCCAGGAUGCACUGACAAACUAUAUAGAUCCGUUCUGCUUUUUGUAUAAACUGAGAUGCUCAUUUGCUUCCCCUUAGAACCAAGCAAUGUGCUAUGCAUAACAUUCUUGUACAUGAUAUUUGCAGUUGCUUUCCGAUUCUUAUUUUUUAAGAAAAGAAUUGUAGUUAUAAAAUUUUCAGUAUAGUACAGUACAUAAAAAAAAACUGUGAGAGAAUAAAGUGUGCUAAAGUGACAAACGACUUUUCUCAUGCCGGACUCAUUCAAUGCUCUUCGGAUCAAUUGGCUUAAUCCUAAUCCCACACUCGUGUUGGGAUCUGCAUUAACACAAAUUCCCUGUGCUUCAGAAGGUGAUGGAGUUCCAUGGUGGUUGGGGUGGGUCCAGCACCUGGUACCUGCAACCUUUGCCGCUUUAUACGACUAUAGUGAAAAUCAAAAUCAAAAAUCCACUCAAAUAAGGGGCAUCGAUGAGAAGGCAUGUGUCUGUUGGGCUUCACUUUGCACUGUUUAUCAGAGCACUUAAUAAAAUGUAAGGCUGGUAUUUAUUUGAAGUUGUACAGUAUGACUUAAUUCACAUCUGUUGGAGUAGAAAAAAAAUAUAUUCUGUUGAGUAUUUAAAAAGAGGCUGUACAUGUUUUCUUUUGUGUUUGGAUCCUUUGUACUUUUUCAUGUUCAGUACAUCAAUAAACAAAAGUUGAAGGGAAAGAA